CAUUUCUCGUUUUUAAUGUCACAUAGUAUAUUUUCACUCGUGGAUAAUGAUAAAGUAGUCCCCAUUCGGGAACAACAGAAAAGAGUAGUGGAGAGAGUAUCUUCACACGCAGCAAAAGUGGAAGAGUGUACCAAAGAACUUAAGAGGCUCUAUGAGGAAACAAACGGUGACUUCCAAAGAGCUCUUGAGAAAACAAAACAAAUAAAAGAGGACCUGGAGAAUAUUGACCGCCUUUUGAAUGCACUGAAAACGAAGAAAGUGGAUAAAUAAAAGAGGAAUGGAAACCAAACUUUUAUCCAACUGCCAUAGUGUAAAAAAGCUAUUGUUCGAAAAAGAGUUUGACUCGCUAGUAGAUACUUUAGUGACGGAAAUGGGUCUCGUAAAACAGUUUAUCACAACACAAUAUAAAGUCUUCCAAAGCCUAUAAUAAUUUUCAAAGGGUUUUAAUAAGCCAUCACCACAAAUCUUUCCGUAUGGGGUUCCAAAAUAUCUU